AUAUUUAAUUAAAAAAAGAAAGUGUUACUAAUAAUCGAACUAAGUGCUAUUAAAGAUAGUUACAAUUAUGUUUGUCGUGCACAAGUGGUAUCCGCUCAAGAUUCGGACUACGUAAGCGAAUAUCAAUAAAUAAAAAUCUACCCAUAAUCUACUCAUAAUCAUUCGCGUACGAGGCAAAAACUUAGUGAAAAGUGAUCUUGUGGUACGGAAUCAUAGUGAAAUCAACCAUUUAGUGAUAAAAACAAUAUCUCCAGUUAUCAAACUCUGUGUAACAUCAAACUAUAAAUAAUAUAUUUUAAGAUCAAAAUUGCAACUCAUCGAUAUACUGAGUAUUGAGAACAGCGCCAUCUGUUAUCAUAGUGACGAACCAACAACUAAGUAAGCGCAUUAACCUCAAGUAGUCUCAUCCUAGUUCUGAACAAAACCGCAAGAUGGCGCUAAUAUGUGAAGGUUGUCGUGUGGAAAUAGGAGAGAAGAGAUACCUAACGUGCUCAUCUUGUCGCUUGUGCUAUGAUCUGGACUGUGUCAGGGUCCCAGUUAAAUUAUUCGAUAACGUCAUGUCUCCUGAACGGAAACGAAAUUGGAAAUGUCCACAAUGCCGAUCGAAGGAGCCUAAGGGAAAUAACGCAAAUACUCCAGUGCGAAUGAACUUACAGCAGAACGAGUUCUCUUCAACAUACGCCGACGAACCUGCUAUAGCAGAUAACUCUAACGUUACUAUAAGGAAAAGACCGGUCCCCCAAAAUAAACCAGAAUCUCUAAGCGACAGUGACUCUACUCUGUCCCCCCAGGGGCAUACAUUCCGGCAGGAAUCUCUACAAGGUUCCAAAUACUCAUAUACAUUGACACCCUCCAGCGAAGAUAAGCAACCUGAUGACCAAAUAUCACUAACAAAAUUUAGACUUAUGAUGGAGGAAAACAAUAAACACCUCGUAUCAAUAUUACAGACGUCUAUACAAACACAAAUGCAAAUUGCCAUAUCUGAUAUAAAAUCAAACUUUGAGUUGAACUUUAAAAAGAUAUCUACGGAACAGACAGAACUUAAACAAAAUAUAAUCGACAUAAAUUGUAAAAUUGAAACACUGAACCAAAAAUGUUAUGCGCUACAAACUGAAAAUGAAACCCUACGAACCCAGAUUCAGGAAUUAAACAAAAUUACAAGUAAUGAGAAAACUAUGAACUCAUCUGAAAAGGUGUUAGUCUUACACGGCCUAGCAGAAAACUACUGGGAAAGCGAAAAUGACAUCAUAGAAAAAAUUUCCAACAUUUGCUACGACCUCUUAUACUUUAACGUAGCGGGAUAUAUAGAUACAAUAUCAUUUAUCGGCAAAAAAGGAAGAACUAGACCAGUCAAAAUUGAAUUUAUAUGUAAAAGGGUAAAAAAAUAUAUAUUGGAAAACAGUGAAACCUUCAAAGAAGCGGGCCUUAGCGUAACUGAAUUCCUCAGCCCUGCGGACCUGAAGAAAAAGCAGGAACUACGACGAAUCCUACAAAAAGCAAGAAGAGAAGGCUGUCACGCAACAAUUAGAAAUGACCGUUUAUUUAUAAAUGGAAAACCGUACAUUGAAGAAACCGGAAGCACCCACGUCAUGAAGCAACCCGCCGAGGACACCGUAACCUGCUCACAAGUGCACAAAAUGAACGACCGACAAAAAGUACCCGAGCUACAGUCGCUACAGACAAUACCUACUCACUCAUCGGCUCCGCUGGCAUCGACGUCAAGUACGACAACUCAACCUCCAAAUGAAGACGCUACAAGAAAAACAUUUUUUCGAGCCUAACUUCGGCAUUUUGUACCAAAAUAUGCAAAGCGUAUGGAAUAAAAUUCAUAUAUUAGAGGCAUUUACAGAAGAUUAUCCACAAACCCACGUCAUAUGUGUUUCUGAGUCAUGGUUAAAUAAAAUAAAAAAAGACUUAGUAAACAUUACUAACUAUAACAUAUGCUCGUUCUUUUGCCGCGAACAUCAUGAAGGCGGCGGUGUAUUCAUAAUGUUAAAGCGUGGUAUUGAAUAUUUUGAGAGGCCUGAUAUUACAUCAUUAUCUUUAGAAAUGAUUUUCGAGAUAGUAGUGAAAAACAUAGAAUAUGUAACUUGAUGCUAUCGCAUAAUUUCCACCAAAGAGU